AUGCCACUAAAGCUGCACACUCGUUCGGUCACUGGCGAAAUGAAUGAUCUCAAGUCUUCUAUUGUUAAAUUGUCGGGUUUUAAAAAUGACCCAGACAUUGAGAACUACCCUCCUCCUUCACUCCCACUGGAUCCACGAAACCUUCUUGCCGACCUCAUUGAGUUUGCCUCCGUGGUUAUGCAGGGUAUUCACACCAAUCCUGCCCGCAUGAACACAUGUAAUCUCUGCUUCAAAAUAAUAUCUCAGGCAACCAAAAACCUUCGCCACCGCAAGUCCAGUGUCUCACUUCUCGAUCGCAGUUCUGCUAAUACUAUGGCUGCUGUUCUCCUGGAUCUCCUGAUUGAAUUCUUCUCCACACACUUAAUGAAAUCCUUUCCUCAUGAAAUCCACGGACAUUGUUUGGACAUAUGCUUUCACUUGUUAUCCCACCAAAAAGAACACAACAUCCGUCUUGACUAUGAUUGGGGUCAGCUCUGGAAAGCUCUUUUUGACCUCAUGAAUUUUGUUAUUAAAUCAGGCGGUCCGCCACUUUGUGGAGAAUCAUUCACUACACUCCUGAAGGUAGUGGGGAUUUUCAAUUUUUUUAUCAGUUUCGGCGAUUGUUUCCUGCUGAGUCCAAGCACGUAUGACGAACUCUACUAUGAGGUUAUCCGAAUGACCGAACCAAUUAAUAGUCUGUCCAAGUUCGGUAAGUUGAUUCCAUUCAGCGUUUGCGUGUGUGUGUGUGUGUGUGUCAUUUGA